AUCGGGUAGUGACCACUGAGCUGACACUGUUGACAAGUUGUGGAUGUGUGCUGGUAGCAGACUGUUAAUCAGGUGUCUCUUUUUUCAGCGUCAGCGAACCUUUCAGUUUAGUGUUUUUGUCCUGAGGAGCAUUCCAGCGACUGCAUCAUGAGCACGUUAUGGAUGGGCAACAACGCAAUGAGGAAGUCACACCGUUAACAAAGACGUCUAUUUGUGAAUGCUUGAGUCCUACAUGGAUGAGAAGUUCAUCACCAGAGCCUUUUCUACAAUGGGGGAGCAGGUGGUGAAUGUGCGGAUCAUUAGGAACAAGAUGACUGGUUCUUCGUCUCCCAGGGGGGCUCUGGGCUACUGUUUCGUUGAGAUGAGUGAUGAGGCCACAGCUGAGAGGUGUUUGCGCAAAGUCAAUGGAAAAGCCUUGCCAGGAGCCAGUCCGCCUACAAGAUUUAAGUUAAACAGAGCCACGUUUGGGAAACAGGAACCUGGUCAGAUGUAUUCUCUGUUUGUGGGAGAUCUAACUCCAGAGGUGGAUGAUGGGACGCUUUAUGAGUUCUUUUACAACCGAUACCCUUCCUGCCGGGGCGGGAAAGUAGUUCUUGACAGCAUGGGUAACUCUAAGGGCUGUGGUUUUGUUCAGUUCCCAGAUGAACGGCUCCAAAAGCGGGCAUUGGAAGAGUGUCAAGGAGCUGUGGGACUCGGUGGGAAACCUCUAAGGUUGAGCCUGGCUGCUAAUAAUUUAAGGAACAAGCAACAACAACAGCAGUCAGAAAGCAAACAUUCAUGGCAGUCCAGUUCAGGAUACAGAUACGGUUAUGACCAGUAUGACCAGUACCAGCACCAGGCGUAUCAAGGGUAUUAUUCUUCAUGGGGCUAUGACCAGACUGCAGGAAUAUAUGGUUACAGCUAUCCUCAGUAUGAUUACACACAGUAUACCCAGGAGAGUGAAGCAGUUCAAGAGGAAGAAGUAGAGGAAGAUCCCAGCUUGGUGGUGGAUGUAGUAGAGUCUAACGGGAGCUUUAUGGACAUCAGUGAGGAACUGUACGAUGCACUCAUUGAAUGUCACUGGCAGCCUCCAGAGUUUUCCGCAGACCAGGAAUACAUUGUUUCCAACCUGCCUGAACCCAUUUCCAGCUAACUUGAUAUUGUUUUUAAUUCCUUUUUGUUUUUUUUGGUUUUCAGAAACUGUGGAAAUAAAUAAUUUUUUAUUCAAGUCUUUGGGAGCAGUUUAAAAAUGUUGUAUUAGUUUGACCUUAUUCAUAUGUUGGCCAUCAACUGACACCACGUUGAUCCAGUCAGAACAAACAAUCUUGAAAUGACAGAAGUGAUGUUGGUUCAUAAGUAGGUAAUUUGUUUGCCUUCAUGAAAAAAAAAAAAACGAUUUCCAAUGUUAAAUAUCAGUCACCUGUGCCAGCAUUCCAUUUGCAUUAUUUAUAGAGUUGUGUAAUUUGACAGUGUUAGUAGAGGAUUGGCUCAACUAAAAUUUGGGAUUCUUUUUCAUGUGUCUAAACUAGGCUUUGUCAAAUUAUUGAAGAAUAAGACCUUAUGAGUUGAGCAUUACCUUAAACUAGGUGAGGUUCAUGGGUCUCCCACUCACUUUCUCAUAAUCAUAAUAAACGCAACAAAACAAAAGUAUGAUUUCAUAUUUAGAGGAGGGUAGCCUAAGUGUGAGCACAUGUCCACUGUAUUAACGCUAUGCUGUAAAACAAUGCAGAAUUUAAAGGUUUAUGGGAAAUUUGAAACAAAAAUGUCAUCAAAUAUUAAAGGGCAACAUCAUGCAAAAA